GAUGACCACAAUGACCUCGAUGACCACGAUGCUCUCUCUGGUUCUAGUCGGACUGGCUGUGAGUCUCAGUGCUGUUGAAGGUGCUUCACUCAAUAAAUCUCCCUGUGAACCAGGAUGGGAGUGCUUUCAUAACCGAUGCUACAAAUACUUCCCAUUUCCAAAGACCUGGGCUGAUUCUGAGGUCCACUGCAUCAGCCUUGGAGGAAGCCUGGCCUCAGUGCACAACAGCUAUGCCAAUCAUUUUGUCACCAAUCUGAUUAAAAGCCAGGACUCCACUGGUCCUCCCACCUGGCUUGGAGGCUCCAACUGCCAACAGAUCUCAACGUGGCUCUGGACAGAUGGGACAAAAUGGGACUUUUCAUUCUGGAAUCCAGGAGAACCCAACAAUGCUUACAAAAAGGAGAAGUGCCUUGAAAUCAACUAUAAAGUGCAAGGCGGCUGGAAUGACGCAGAUUGUGCAUCACGGCUCCCAUUUGUGUGUGUAAAAAACUAACAAGUAAAAGCAGGAGAAGCAGCGUGACGUGAAAGUGAAGAUGUGUGUCCUGGAAUACGUUUGGCUCUUAUAAUAAAAAGUACGUCUGGCA